AUGAAUGAUGAAAGGCGAAAGAAGAACGAGCCCUAUGAUGAUGAACAUCUCAUAAGCUAUUUACUUAAAUUUGUUUGUGGAAAGCCAAUUGAAUGCCGUCAUAUUCAACAUAUAGAUUUGUAUGGUAACAAGAAGCCAUGUGAGUUAUUCUACGACUUAUUAUGUAGUGAAGGUAAGACAAGUAGCGAUCAUGUAAACUAUUUCUUUACUCAGUUGAAGAAAAAAUCCGUGCAUAGUAAAAACGUCAACAGGACAAUUGUUGGGGGUGGCUCAUGGAGGGGACGGGACACGAGUAAAGCAGUUUUUGAUAAGGAUGGAUCAGUGAUUGGGUCCAAGAAAACUUUUCGUUUUGAUGAAGGAAGUAGUGGCGUGUACUGGAUUAUGAAAGAAUACUGUCUUAACGAAACCAUGGUGAAGGCGUUAAGAGAAAGUGGUGAAAUCCAACACGAAGACUUUGUUCUAUGUAGCAUUACGAGGAAGGUUAGUUUGGGUAAAAAUUCUCAGGAUAUCCCGGUAAUCGAGAAUGUAGUCAUUAAAGAGUCCUUGACUGAAGAAGAAUUCCCAUGGCCGCUAUAUCCUGGUUUAACUGAACUUCCACCAUUAGAUGGACCGUUUGAGUCAUUGACUGAAGAAGAUUUGAUCUUCUUUGAUAAGCCUGAUCCUGAAUAUCCACAGGCAUAUGAGAACAAAAAAGAAUGA